AUGGAGCUUGUUACAAUUUUUCGGAGGAAACAGACCACGAAAUCAUGGGUACUUAGACCUCCUAGACUUCGUACUUGCUUCGUGUCUGAACCUGUUCCCAAAAUCUUUGCUCACGGGUUAUUUAUUCUACAUCCUCCUCCCGAGUUACCCGCUGAGCAAGAACAGAUAUAUGUGGACAUCGUUGCAGUUCAUGGAUUAAACGGCAGGGCAUGGGAGACAUGGAAGGAUGAGGAAAGUGGCAUACUCUGGUUGGAGGAUUUUCUUCCAGAGGCGAUGCCAAACGCUCGUAUUAUGACAUUCGGAUAUAACUCAAAUUUGCUCUUCAGCAACUCGACAGGCAGAAUUGAAGAUUUUGCUAGAGAUUUAUUGAAUAGAUUAUGGGUUAUGAGACAAGGACAGAGAACCGAAAACAGACCGCUUGUGUUUAUAGCUCACAGCCUUGGGGGGAUAGUCGUCAAAAAGGCGCUUAUCCUAGCUCAUGAGAACCAUCAUCAUUUUGGUGAUAUUCUCUCUUAUACGAUUGGUAUUGUGUUCAUGGGAACCCCACACCGAGGGUCUCAGAUUGUAGAUUGGACAUCCUUUCUGCAGAACCUCAUCCAUAUCACGUCCGGAACACAUCUUAUAAGGACCGAUCUCCUCCAAGAACUCAGCACCCACUCCUCAACUCUGCUUGAAAUCUCGAGGUCUUUCUUGCCCCGCUCAACUGGACUGAAAAUCAUGUCAUUUAUUGAACUACAAAUCGAGCGUCCUCUAACUACUCUAGUUGUACCUGAAGAAUCUGCGCGACUCAAUCUUCCCAAUGAGAGAGUCUUCCCAGUCAAUACCCAUCACCGCAACAUUUGCCGUUAUUCUUCAAAGAACGAUCAGACAUAUGUCCUUGUGGAGGGUUCUCUCAAAGAUAUUAUGCAUAUAGGAAGUGACUCCUCUACUCCUACUAUACUCAAUAAAUCAUCUGUAAUUGGAGGUCCAAGACAUACUCAGCCUAUGUUUGGUAUCACGGAAAGGAUUGAAGGACGAGUGUGGUUGGUCGAGCAUUCAGUAUUCUCUUCGAUAUCUGAAAGUCCUGGCUUCAGCACGUCGAACGGCAUUGGACAACUCUCCCAUAAUGAGAACCCUGAGAAAGAUGUACCUAUAAACAUGACUGAUACUUCCUCCGAGUAUAAGAAAUUCAAGAUUCGAGUUUCAGGUCUACAGCGGUUGGGAUUAGGAUCGGAGGGGGAACGUAACGAGGACACUAUAACCCUGGAUGUCAGUGGCAACAUGACAUUAUACAACUUAGGACGUCAUCUAUCUGAUAGAAUAUGCUUUAAGUUCCCUGGUCAGUCAUUGCCCAUAUCAUAUGAAUGGAUAGACGUCUUCACAAUUCCAAUUCAAGUGACUAGCGGUCGUCCUUGCUACAAAGAAUCAGCAGGGUAUAAAAUCAACACCGAGCAAUCCAUUGCAGCGUUCAUUAGCAGAACAUUCCCAGAUCCAAUUUCAGCUAAACUCCGUCAAUAUCCCCAGCAGAUACAAUCCAGUACUGGCAUGUCUCACUCUGUUAUAGUCGGAAGAAGCAAUGGCCCAAAUCUUCACAUAUCCCUUAUGCGGACCAUUCGCGUAAAAGGAGGUGAGGGCCAGUAUACACCACCAAUAGGAUUGGGGACUUUCCCUCUAUUCGAUACCUUCUCACACAAGGACAAACUCCCUACUAAUGUAGCAGCGAAAGGUGGCUUAUUCUUUCCGAUGCACGAAAGAGAAGCAAUGUGGAUGUGUUUUGAUUGUGACGAAUCCACCGACUUUGCUAUCCGCCCCUUUGUCGGAGGCAUCAACGGAAUUACUGGGGACAAUAUCCUUUCAUACAGCUCUGAACCCGAGAGUUCUAUUAAGGCGGCGCGUCAGGACUAUAUUGCAGUCCCAGCACAAACCCGGCUAGAUGGAAUCUCUAGUCAUCCUGGAGUUGUUAAGCAGUUCGUUGCUACGAGAUUAUCGACAGCAGAACAACACCAGGGACCUGGAACAUUGACUUUAUCCACUUCCAAUUCAGCACCUAGCGAAAGGAACGUACAGAGAGCAGGUACAAUAGCCGGCGAAAGCCGAACAAUCGAAUGUCAAAUGACGGGAAAGGAUGAAAUAGGCGGGAUCCAACUGCAGGUUAUCCCUAAGUUUGAGACGAAACGGAUCUUUGCGGGCAGUAUGAAAGAUGUCUGUCCUACAUACAUCGGGGGCCCCUUAGAGUCUUACCAACCCGUCCCGACAGAUGCGAAAGUAUAUGAUGUUUUGAAAACUCCUCGGGAACUUGGACUACAUGAUGGUGAUACCAUUCAUGUUAAGACUCUUCAAGAAUUCAAUCCUGGUCUCAGGCGAACAAAGCUUGUACAGGAUCUCAUAGCAGAAGCACCGAAACCACCAGGAGGCCCAUAUGACAUAGAUCUCAUAGCAGAAGCGCCGAAGCCACAAGGACGCUCAGGUGGCAUAGAGCUGAGAGUUCAUGGGGAAAUUAAAUGCCGUAAAGCUCGAUAUAGGGCAGGUAGGGCAAAGCCAAUGGGUUGGGGCAAUAAUAUUAAGGUAGAGGGAUUCUCUUCAUUAGUAGUGAUGGUCGGCAGAGCAGAAGUUUUCCGCGGGUCUCCGAGACAUGCUUCGGAAUUGAAAGAAAUACUCUGCAGUACGCUUGGAAUCAUUCCACAUCGUCAAGUAUUUAAACGUAACGGAAUCGAAUUUCCAAACGACGUGAUUCUCGAGCUCGUCGUACUUCCAUACCCGCAGCCUACUCUUGGCAUUGGGGCAGGGGGCAACAUCAUCCAGCACAUUCACCCUGACAAUUCGGAUCCGCGACUAUGGGAUCUUGCAAGUUCUAAGAUUCUUCACAUUCAAAUUUUGAAUGCAGAAGUGUUCGGAUCUAUCGUCAGACCCCUGCCCUCGGAAACGCGUAUCGGUUCCAAGACUGACCGCGGAAAAGGAAAAGAGCGUGAUAUCUCCACCGGUGUCUUCGAUGGUCUUAUGAGUGUGGAAGAGCCGGAUGGAAUAGAAGUAGCUGAUGAGGAAACCGAGAACUGCGAUGAUAGUGUGAGGAUCACCAUCUCUCCUAUAACUCUGCUCGAAGCAGACCAGACGAUCCCGCAGUUCAAAGGACAGUAUUGAUAGAUAUCUAAUAUAGGGAGUGU